GCCGCGCCUACAAAGGCGCCGCUCCCGCCCCCUGUUGCAACCGGGCGCCCUCCGCAGGCGCCGCUCUCUCGCCCGGCGGGUGGCCGGGUGCCCCCCACUUCUGCCCCCGCCCGGCAGCCACCUCUUGGCUGGGGGAUAGUGGGAGUUUGGGUGGGGGAUUCUGGGAGUUGAAGUCCACCCAUCUUCCAAUUUGCAGAAAUUGCAGGAAAAAGAGGUGGGGGAAAAGUGGGGGGAGGAAUGGAGGGCGCGGACUGCGGGGAAGUGAGCCUUGCACCCUCCUCCUCCUCCUGCAACGGGCCGAGGCGGAGCCCCCCAUCCUGGAAGGAGGAGCCGCUCCCACCUGGCGCCCAGGAACAUCUGGACCGUCCCCGGGAGACUGCAGCGAGAGAAUCCUUCCAUCAAGACCGAUGUGCGGCAAUCACCGAAGCCGUGUGUGAAAGGCUUCUCAUGAAACAGCCGGCCUAUCGCGAGUGUUUGGGCAACGUGGCGGCCUUCAUCCUGGAGCGAGAGGUGGCCGAUGGCCAGGGCUCCUGCAAGGAGGCGUACGAACUGGUGGCCCUGGGCACAGGGGACGUCUGCUAUGGCGGCUGGAUGGAAUUUGAUGGACGGAGAGUCCACGACAUGCACGGCCUGGUGGUGGCCCGUCGAGCCCUGAUGAGAUAUUUUUACAAGCAGCUCCUGCUUCGGUGCAGCCAGGAUCCGGCGCGUUCGAACAGGGCAUCUUUGCCAGGCGGAAGACGGGGACCCCUCAGGUUGAAGCCCCGAUGCCAUCUGCACCUCUACCUGAGCCAAAUGCCGCACGGAGCAGUGAAAAAACUCUUCGCCCCCUUACUGAGGUCCAGCUCUUCGGUCGACCUGAACAUCCGCGUCCAGGGGCAGCUGAGGGCCGUCUCCUAUUGCAGCCCCACCCUGCUCUCCUCCCACGUCUACUGCGCUUCUGGCAGCGACAAGCUGAUCCGCUGGACUGUCCUGGGUGUCCAGGGAGCCCUGCUCAGCCACUUCCUUCACCCCGUGUACAUCACCAGCAUUGUCCUAGCUGACCCUUAUCCCAACUGCGACAUUCUCAAUCACGUCCUGAGCAAGAGUGUGCAGCUGGGACCGGAGGACGGCGUCCCCCAACCGUACCGUCACAAGAAGGUCUACCUCUUUGAAGGGCCCCUGGCGGCCCCCUGCGGCUCCCCGCCGGAAUGCGGCUCGCUGAGUCUCAACUGGUGCUCAGGAGACGAGAGGCUGGAAUGUGUGGACGGAGCUGUUGGGAAGGCCGAGAGGGACAUUGCAAACCCAGGAGGCGCGUCACGGCCGAGCCGGCUCUGCAAGGCCGCCAUGUUGAAAUCUUUCAGAAACGUGGCCCAGGAGAUGAAGAGAGAGGAUCUGGUGUCUCUAUCCACAUAUCAUGAAGCCAAGGUUCAAGCCACAACUUACCAGCGUGCAAAGCUCCAACUACAUAGCCACUUGAGUGUGCGGGAUUUGAGAGGUGGCCUCAAAAGCAGUUGGUGGACAGUUUUUGCAGAUAGACUGGCCUGGGCAGCUGAAGAUCUUCUCCAGCCAACGGAUAGGAGCAAGUUCCAGUGAGAUCUUGGUUUUCGAUUUUGUUCCCCAGAUGUUAGUAAGCUUCAACCUAAGUCUUGUAAAACUAGCUGGUUUCAACAAGCCGGGAAGUACAGGUGAACUACAGUUUUGGUUUCAGGCCUAAUGUGCAGAUAAGAUGAAACUCUGUUGGUGAGCAGAAACGUAGAACAGGGGUCCCCAAACUUGGAACCUUUAAGAUUUGUGGACUUCAACUCCCAGAAUUCCCAACCAGCUUCUGGGAGUGAAGUCCAGAAGUCUUCAAGGUGCCGAGCCUGGAGACCCCC